CGAGACUGCUUUGCCCUCCAAGCCAUGAGAGCAAAGUUGGAAGUCUUAGCCCUGGUCCUGGGCUUCGUCGGCCUGUUUGGGACCAUAGCUGUCACUGCCCUGCCCAUGUGGAGGGUCUCAGCCUUCAUUGGAGCUAAUCUUAUUGUUAUGGAGGAACUCUGGGAGGGCUUGUGGAUGAACUGCUACAGACAGGCGGAUAUCAAGAUGCAGUGCAAGGUGUAUGACUCACUGCUAAUUCUCCCACCAGAGCUGCAGGCGGCCAGGGGGCUCAUGUGUGUGUCCAUAGUCCUGGUUUUCAUCUCCCUCUUGGUCACAGGAUGUGGGACCAAGAAGAGCAACUGUUGUGGCGACAAUAACAAGAGCAAGAACAUCAUCCUGGCCUUAGGGGGUGGUCUGUACCUGCUGUCAUUUUUGACCACACUCAUCCCUGUUAGCUGGGUGGGUCAUACUGUCAUCCGCAAUUUCUACAACCCAACAGUAGUGGAUUCUCAGAAACGGGAGCUGGGGGAGGCCCUUUUCAUUGGGUGGGCCACUUCUGGUGUACUGUUGAUCACCGGGAUUAUCCUUCUGAUCAGCUACAGCAAACGCAGAUCAAAGGAGGAAGAACCCUACACUGACAUGUAUCUUAUGCCAGUGAAGGAUGUACAGAAAGAGGACAGUGUGUACCUGGGAAGGACGCCAUCCAGCUCUCAUAAGCAUCAAGAAUAUGUGUAAAAAACUGAACUGUACCGCCUGAUAUAUGCAAUGUUUAUGUCUUUAAAAUUUAACAUGAAAGAUGCUGCCUGGGGGAGGUGUUGAUGAAGAUGAUGCCAAGGGUGUGCAAAUUAUGUGUAGAUGUAUUUGUUUUCACUACCUAUGUACACAUUUUAAUCACUGUGCCUGUUUAAAUGACUAAUGCACUUUGUGUUCUUAUUGCACUAUAAAUUGUUCUCCGGUUCAAUGUUUGUAUUGUCUGUCUCUCCAUUCAUGUAAUCAUUGUGUUAAACAGUACAAAUCUUUUCACAGUUCUACAUUGUCAUGUCACUUUUAUUAUGUUUUUAUAUGACCGAGUUUCUCAACUAUCACAUUAACAGCUUAAUUGUUAAUCCCUUUGAUUUGGUAUUAACU